CGUCACGCGCGCCGCUUCGCUUCACACGUGGGAGGCGAGCAUGGCGACGAGCGGCAAACUUGCGGGCGAGGCGAACGCGCCGGAGGAGAAGUCGAAGCCCGCGGCGAAGGGGAAGAAGAAACCAGCCAAGCGGUACUGGGAGCCUGAAAAAUUCGAAGAUGUGAUGAUCAACAAGACUCCUCUAGAACGGAGCCAGGGAGAGAAGCCCGAGAGAUGGGAGGUUGAAAAUAAAGUUCAGCAACAUCGGUUUUCGCAAUCCGCCAAGUCAAAGGACGUGUUCUUUGGUCCCGCGCCCCUGCCAGAGACGAGAGUGAAGCGGUUCCAGCGUGGAGAGAAGUUUAAACUGAAAGGACGGCAGACCGGGGCGUUGCGAGAGUUGGUGAAGCGCGCUACCAAGAAUGCAGAGCUGGCGAGCCAGCAGACGGCACGGUGUGAUCUGCUGUUGCCUGAAACGCAAGGGUUCAUAGAGCCGGACGAGGGUGAGGAGACGUCGUACAUAACGCAGAGGGACAUCCAGGAUGAGGUGGACAUCACCAGUGCCAGCAAGAGUUUUGAAUUGGACCUGAACCAGUUCGGGCCAUAUCGAGUGGAUUACACACGCACUGGCCGGCACCUGCUGCUGGGCGGUACACGGGGCCACGUGGCUGCGUUUGACUGGGUCACCAAGUCCCUGAUGUGCGAGAUGAACGUCAUGGAGACGGUCAAGGACAUCAAGUGGCUGCACACGGAGGCGAUGUUCGCCGUGGCCCAGCUGCACUGGGUGUACGUGUACGACUCGCAGGGCAUCGAGCUGCACUGCCUCAAGCGCUUCCACAACAUCACCCGCAUGGAGUUCCUGCCCUACCACUUCCUGCUGGCCACCGCGAGCUCAUCGGGGUUCUUGCAGUACCUGGACGUGAGCAUCGGGAAGGAGAUCUCGACGAUCUGCACCAAAGGGGGCAGCCUCCAGACCAUGUGCACGAACCCAUACAAUGCCAUCGUGAACCUGGGUCACCACAAUGGCUCCGUGACCAUGUGGACCCCCACGAUGAAGGAGCCGCUCGUCAAGAUGAUAUGCCACCGGGGAGCCGUGCGCUCCGUCGCCGUGGAACGCACCGGCACGUACAUGGCGACGUCGGGGCUGGACCACAAGCUGCGAGUCUGGGACGUGCGCACUUACAGGCCUCUGCACUCGUACGUCCUCAGCUCGGGCGCCUCCAACCUGGACUUCAGCCACCGCUCACUGCUGGCCGCCACCUGCGGCAACGUUGUACAGGUCUACAAGGACACCCACCUUGGUGUGGGCCGGCCCUACCUGACGCACGUCUCUCCUCACCACGCUCACUCGCUGCAGUUUUGCCCCUAUGAAGACGUGCUUGGUCUCGGCCAUGGGAAUGGCUUCACGAGCCUCCUGGUGCCCGGAGCGGGUGAGCCCAACUUCGACGCGUUGGAGGCUAAUCCUCUGCGCAGCAAGAAACAGAGGCAAGAGUGGGAGGUGAAGGCUCUGCUGGAGAAGAUUCAGCCGGAGCUCAUCACGCUUGACCCGGCCAUGCUGAGCAAGGUGGACACGGCUUCCUUCGAAACAAAGUACGCGGAGAGGGUGCAGCGGCUGGGUUUCGACCCAAAAGCUCCCCAGAAGUUUGAGCCGAGGUACCGCACCAAGGGCCGCAGCUCCACCGCCAAUCGCGAGCUGCGAAAACGCAUCGUGGCAGGGACACAGAAACGGGAGACGAUCAAGGCUUCUAUGGAAGAAAAGCAGAAAAAACAGAGAGAGAAGAUACAAAGCAACCAGACGGAGGCCAAGGGGGGAGCCCUGCAGAGAUUCAAAAAAUAAACACGCGCGCACACGUAUAUAAUACACAGAGACAUACACACGUGUAUAUAUGCAGACAAUCUCGCAUGCACAUACACCGCAUCACACGCAAAUACACUUGCAUGUAGAGAGCCACGCGCAUACCCACGCAUAUACUCGCAUACACAGACAAACGUGUACGUGCAAAACCAAGACAAAUAAAAAAAAUGCACCAUUUACCUUUUA